CCAUAGAACUCGCCCCGCAAGCUGCGGUCGCUCUCUCGCCUCCCCCUCUCUCCUCACGAGAAAAGGUGGAGAGACCUGCUUUCUCCUCGUCAUCCUCGCUUCUUCCAUUAAUGCCUCCCAUAGUCCCAUUUCUAUCCCGAUUCGUAUUCCCUCCUACAAUUGCUCUUCGUCUUCUUCUUCUUCUUCUCCUUCUUUUUCAUCUUCUUCUAGGGUUUAUCUGACUGACGAGUUAGUAAAAGCAGCCAUGGAGCGGAAGAAGUAUCCGAUCCGCGCGGAGGAGUACGAGCUUUACGAGAUGGUUGGACAGGGGGCAAGCGCCGUCGUGCAGCGGGCCUUAUGUGUUCCUCUCAACGAGAUCGUGGCUAUCAAGAUUCUUGACUUUGAGCGCCACGGAAGCGAUCUGAGCAACAUCUCGCGGGAGGCACAGACAAUGAUUUUGAUAGACCACCCCAAUGUCCUGAACGCGCACUGCUCCUUCGUGAAGGACCACACCUUGUGGGUAGUCAUGCCGUACAUGGCAGGAGGGUCCUGCCUCCAUAUCAUGAAGUCAGCAUUUCCCGAUGGUUUCGAGGAAUCGAUUAUUGCCACGAUUUUGAAGGAGGCGCUGAAAGGAUUGGAUUAUCUUCAUCAUCAUGGCCAUAUCCAUCGUGAUGUGAAAGCUGGCAACAUCCUAGUUGAUGUUAAAGGUGGAAUUAAACUUGGAGAUUUUGGGGUUUCUGCUUGCCUUUUUGAUUCAGGUGAUAGGCAACGUUCAAGAAAUACAUUUGUUGGGACACCCUGCUGGAUGGCACCUGAGGUGAUGGAACAGUUGCAUGGCUAUGAUUUCAAGGCAGACAUAUGGUCUUUUGGAAUAACUGCUUUGGAACUUGCUCAUGGUCAUGCUCCUUUCUCAAAAUACCCUCCAAUGAAGGUUCUAUUGAUGACUUUGCAAAAUGCACCCCCAGGCCUUGACUAUGAAAGUGACAAGAAGUUUUCAAGGAACUUCAAGCAUAUGAUUGCAUCCUGCUUGGUUAAAGAUCCUUCAAAGAGGCCUACUGCUCAUAAGUUGUUAAAACAUACAUUCUUCAAGCAAGCUCGAUCACAGGAUUAUUUUGCACGGAAAAUUUUGGAGGGUUUGGCUGCACUUGGCGAUCGAUACCAAGCGCUAAAGGAGAAGGAAGAGAGAUUGCUUGCACAAAAGAAAAUGCCUGAUGGAAAGAAAGAGGAGAUCUCGCAGAAUGAAUAUAAAAGAGGAAUCAGUGGGUGGAACUUCGAUAUCGAGGAUUUGAAGGCCCAAGCAUCAUUGAUCACAUGUAAUGAAGAUGCAGGAAAAGAUCAAGGAGUCUCAAAUUCCUUUUUUGAGUGUGACAAUUUGCAAGAUAGAAUGUCAGAUAGGCCCUAUUCCAGAAAUUGUUCAUUCAAGGAACAUACAGACAUUCAAAGCGAUGGGUUGCAGGACAAAUCAUGUACUGUUUUACCGCCAGAUGAAACAUCAUGUUCUCAAAGAAACCGAUCUGAUGGAUCUGAUAACGAGCUGAAGAAUAUGGGGGCAAGCGAUCAACAAGUUGUAAUGCAGCUCCAAAAGACUGAGAUGGAUAAUCCUAGUAAAAAUUGUGAAAAAGGGUUAAAUGGACGGUCUGUUUUCUCUGAGGGUGAAAAGAGGGUUUCAAUCGCUUCAGAAAUUGAUGAAAAAAAUGUGAAUGUUUCUCCUACUUGUAGUUCCGAGGAGCCAAGGACUUUUACGAUUUGCCCAAUCGAUGUUCCUUCAUUAUCCAGAGGAGCAAGCCUGAAGCAACAAAAUCAGCAGCAAAACAACAUGAAUUCCAAUGGAGAGGUUUCCCAGACAGCAAAUGAAUCACUUGCUGAGAUUGUGCCAAAAGGGUCUAAACCAAUGGCUCCAAAUGGUGAUGACAUUGAUGACAAGUCAAAGCCUCCUGUUGUUCAACAAAAAGGGCGUUUCAAGGUGACCUCUGAAAGCAUUGAUUUUGAUAAGCCUUCUUCCAUUGGUCUACAAAAGAGUCAUAGCAUUCAGGUGAUUUCUCAACUUCAACCGCAAAGCCUUUCACCGCUGGCUGAUUCUUCUCCAAGCUAUGCGAACUCAUUCUUUCAACAGUUGCAGCUUAUAUUGCAGAGUAAUAUUGUUCAAAGGGAUCAUAUUCUUAGCAUCAUGAAGCAGAUAAGUACUGGUGAUCCAUCAGCUAACCGCUCAGUUGACGGAGCCUCUUUACCUUCACCUACUACAACACCUGAAAAGUCAUUGUUGGAGGCCGCGCAUGAAAGAGAGAAAGAACUGCUACAAGAAGUGAGUGAACUGCAUAUGAGGCUUGCAUGUUCACAAGAGGAGGUGCAGAGGUUAAAAGCAAGAAAUGGUCAGCUUUAGCAAUGUUUGGUCGGUGAAGCUGAACGAAAGUAUAGGAAGAGUUUGAGACAAUAAAAAACAUAUUGCACCAAAGGUUGUCGAUCUGGGUAGUGUAAUAAUACAUAAUGUACAGUAAUUGAUUGAUAUACUUUGGUUUGGUAAUUCAUCAGUAUUAACUUAAUGCUUGAUCGUUAAUGCCACGUUGUUAGUCAGUUGAUUCUGGACCUAUCGUCACUUCUAGUCGAUUUCAUACACACAUAGACUCGAAUCCUAGACCUCUUAGUUGGAAGCCUUAGCUCUCAACCGAUAGGCCAAGAAGAGCUGUGUAACUAGAAAGAUUUCACGUGCAUCUUUCCCUUGGGGCGAUGGAAUUUGGCAGCACGCUUUACAGAAU